UAAUGACUAAGACAUGACUAAUAUUGGAGAUUAGGCCGGCGUUAAGAAAUUGUACCUCUACUGAGUGGAACGGAGUGUAUGCUUAAAAUAACACACCAGAACUGUCUGCCAGUGUCUGGAAGAUGCUGUUCACAAAUAUUUUCUAUGCCCAGUAAUAAUAAUUCUGAAAUCCAGUGCUCGACAAGGGGGAAGACUAUUGUUUCUCUUCCAUCUCUUCUUUUUUCGCUGUUCCCAGUUAUCACGUGAUCUAUCCCCUGGCGGCUAAUCCCGCGCCAGGGCCCGUGCUGACCAAUAAUGCGGCUCUUAGCCCGUCGCAGAGCCCCGCCUUCGAAACAACAACCACCCGUCCGUGUUUCAUCCAACCACGUCCAACAUCAUCCUCAACAUUCGCUGCCAUCCAGUCCCUGGCCUGUCGCCUUGCGGUGUUGUGGUGCUAGGGGACUGGCUUGAAAGAUGGCAGUCCGUGCUGCCCAAUAUCUCCAGUCUGCAGAACAACAUCAUGAAACCCAACUUCCCUCCUUAGCGACGUCUCUUGUCCUGACAGCCCUGUGAAUGGUGCCUUAAAAUAUCCAGCGCCAAUGAGGUCGCCUUAAGAGGACUCCGAACUGAUUCUACAUUUAUGACAGAAUGGGGAUGUAUCAAAUCAUAUCAACACAUGGAAUGACGCGAGUGACUACCGCCAUUGUGGGCCGUGGGCAGUUGACCCGGUAGAAGUCUAUGGUUAUUGUUUCUCGGUAUUCACCAUUUCUUGCUGUUUCAUGAAGCAGCUUCAUGAAGGCUAUUUUCUUUUUUCUUCUGCUCUCUUCACUGCUCAGCCUACGCCCAUUGUUCCAUUUCUUGCUCUUCUGUGCCUUCUCUCUCUUCACAUUUCGUUCUUCGUUUCUUCCCUAUUUCCCGUCCUUUCUCGAGCUUUCAAGCUAUAUUGGGUGUUUGCCUUUGACGGCGACGAGUUGAUUAAUUAUGUCCCUUUCACUACUAUACUAAUAUUUUCCUUUCAUUGAUUUCGCAUUGAUACUAUUCUUCUUCAAUAACUUCUAUCAACACGGACAGAGCUCCUCCUACCGGGCAAUUCCAUAAAUUUUCAACGCCUUGACGCUUCAUUCCUUCUUCUUAAUUUCUAUCUCAAACACUUCCUAACUCAAAGACUCAUACUUUUAUCCAGCCUCAAAACCGUUUUCUGGAUUUAACCACUGUUAUCGAAUUUAUACUUUAACAUUAAAAUCGUUCCCUUUCCGUGGCCUGGGGACCUUGGAUUCCACCCCAGUCGCUGCUUUAUUUUCAUCAGUCGCCUGUCAGCCUUUCAAAAAUGACAGCCGUGGUCAAAUCCCUGGCUGGUCCAGGUUAUAUCAUUUUGAAUGCCGUACGGGUCUUCAACAUAAUCUGUCUCCUUUGUAUUAUCGCUGCAUGUUCAGUUUUACUCAUCAAGACUUCCACUCCCACCAAUUUCUUCGUUUUUGAUGCGAUGCAUCGAGUUAUUAUAAUUGCUGUCAGCAUAUUCCUCAUUAUCUCUGAAGUAGGCUUUUUUGAGGCCUGGUUUCAUGAAUACUGGGGUUGUUUCGGUAGACACUCAAGCUUCCUCGCCCUUGGAAUCACCAUGGUUCUCCUCGGCAUAUCAACGAUAGGAUGUUUGAAUAGAGAAGACAUGAACAAGGACACAAUCGGCUUCACCUUCUGGCAACUUGUUCUAGGCGCCGGCAUUAUCACCAUUGUGUUUGGAUUUGUUAACAUCGCCGUAACCUUCAUCUACCGAACCAAAAAAACAGGCUUAAAAGCCCGCCACAUCCGCACUGACGGUGCCGUCGCCCCGGGCGCCAUCCCUUCACUCAACAACCUCAGCCGCGGGCACAAAUCCUUCAGACUGAAACGCGAGGACUCCCUACCUGUCUACCGCGAGAGCGACGAUGCACUCUCGCAAUCAAAAUACUCACGCUCCUUGCGCUCGCCCAUCAGCACCACCCCUUCCAUGCGUACCGUGCCUUCUAAAUAUCGGGUGAAUAUUUCCCAGCCCAUCGUUGAAAAUCACGAACAGUUCGAGAAGUUUUCUAGGAGUUCAGGGGGGAGCCACCCGGAGCAUCCGGCGAACAACCCUGUGCGUCUUUCUACACGUCGAUCGGAUUGGGAUGGCAGUGAUAUAUGACACGUUGAGGAAGCUAGGCGGCGCCAAAAGUACAGAGCAAAUUGAGAGGUGAUAUGAAUUAUGAGGGGAAGGAGAGGGAGCUAGCGAUGACGCUCUUACUGUCUUACUGUCCCUCCUAUCGAGCUACAUCGAUCUUGAACUUUUCUUGUGUAUUUGUAUUGGGCAUUUUUCCCUUUGUCUUUUGUGAUUUUAGAGCGCGUGAUGUAUCUGUCUUUAUCCGUCUGGACAUGUUUGCGAGUUGUGGCGUAAUUUCGGUAGCCUUUGGUUUCCGCUGGCGAAGGUUGGGAUUUGUAUGCUGUUCAUAAUUGUGACACGUUCGGGGCUUUGUCUAUGUAAUCAUGGGUGUCAACUACGCUUCAUUUACAGUACAAUUUUAGUAUUACAGUUGUUCCUGG